GGAGGAGCCAGGAGGGAGGGGACGUCACUGCCAGGAAGCAGACAGUAGAAGAAGAAGGAGAAGAGACUGCUGGGAGUAAGAGGAAGAGAAGAGAAGAAGAAGAAGCAGAUUCCGGCAACCCCUGGUCCUGUGUCUCCAUGGUGAUCAGGGUGGAGCAGAAGGAGGGUGUGUCCUGGAGGAAUACAGGGGCGGGGGCAGAGGAUCAGGAGGCAGGGCUGAGACUGUGCUUCUCAGUGAAAGCUGCUGUGAUUGGUCCAGUGGUCAGCUGGAGGCGGGACCCAAAGAAUGAACCAAUGACAGAGAAAGAAAGUGAACAAAAGCAGGAGAGAAAGGUGGUGCUGGUGUUCUCAGGUGUGUGUACGCGGUGGUUUCCUGUCCUCCAGCCUGGAUGUUUCUACAGACUCAUCGCCGCUAACACUCAGGAUCCCAGUGUUUUGAUUGGCUGUGGAGUUUCUGGGCGCAGUGGGGUGGAUCUCCACGCUGAGUCAACCCUACAAGUCAGACGUGGUUGGAGAUUCCACACUCUGACACGCCCACUGCUGCUGCCCACCUGCAGACAGGCCGUCCCACCCACAGUCUUGUCUGUCUCAGAGGUCUUAGACUGCAGCUCAGAGCUGGUGUGUUUUCAGGGUGUGGUGUCUGAAAGGAUCAGUGUGAACAACAGGACUGCCCACUCUGGACACACACACUCAGGUGUGCGUCUCACUCUUUGUGACCAAGCUGGGAGGAGUCUGCAGGUGUACCUGGACUUAAGCCACACCCCCUACCCACCUGGCCUGUUGCCGGGUAACACUCUGCUGUUGUCUGGUUUCCAGAGGAGGCUGUCCAGGACAGGAAGUGUGUACUGCACGUACUUACCUGUCAGCUCCAUAACUGUGGUCUCCCUGGGAGACACCAGCUCGGCCCAGCCUCCUCCUCCUGCUCCCAUCAUGCACCUGGGUGAGUGGGCUCUGAGCAGCAAGCAGAGGUGCACUGUGGGACAGGUCAAAGGUCACGUGGUGUGUUUCCUGUUCCUGCAACUGCAGUGGAGCUGCUCGCUGUGUGGCAGCGUGUACACACAGGGCUGCAGCAGCUCUCAGUGUCACUCGACCUCGUCAGUGUUUCAGUCCAAAGCAAAGCUGGUGAUUGAUGACGGGACAGGUGAGGCUCACGUCUGGUUCUCAGCUGCUCUGGUUCGUGCUCUGCUGGGAUUGGCUGACGGUCAGUGGGAGGGGCUUCAGAGAGCACUCAGGGUCAGAGGUCACAUCAGAGUCUUCCCUCGUGGGCAGAGCCAGGUGUGUGACGGGGACGCUGACGACUUCCUCCUCCACUUCCUGUUGUGUCUGUGCAGCAGUGAUGUCAUGAUUCGGCCGCUCAACCUCACCUGCAGGAAACGCACCAACCAGAGACCAGAAGAGGUGAGGAGGUUCACUCGAGGAGACAGAGAGUUCCUGACCAGACUGGCUCCUCCCCUUCAGCUCACCUGUCUGCACCUCCACCCUGACUGAGCUCCACCUGCUUCGUUCUGAUUUUAUCUGUUCUACGUGUUCGUACAAAUAAAACUUUAUUGCUCCUCCUCCUGUCACACGGUAUCUCACCUUCACUGAACCUAACGCUGGUGAUCAGGGUCAGAGGUCACACGAAGCUCUCUGGGUUUAACCUCACAUGAAAGGGGCGGAGCUGUCAUCAUCACAAAGGGGUGUUUAACAGGUCAUGUGACCCUUCUACAGGAAGUGAUCCCUGUGAGUGGCGCCCACAUCAGAGACGUUCUCAGAUGGUGAUUCAUAAAACCUGCACCAGUAAAAUCUGAAAGUGGAAGGAUGAUGAGUGAAACUGGUUAAUCUGGUGUUUGUGGCACAGAGCGGGAUAAUAAAGGUUUGACCUCCACUGUGUGACACGUGUACCUGAACAGGUGUGCUGUGUGACACGUGUGGCUCUGGGUCAGGUGUAACUCCCACAGCCUGUAGUUCAGAUUCUCUGUGUUUGUGAAGUAAAACUAAACACUGUGAACGUGUUUCAGUUUCUUUACAGACGUCAGACGGUGAAAGCUUCAGCCUGACCAGGAAAGAAUCAGUCUGCUUUAAAUCACACUUACUUUAAAAUUCAUUUCUCCUCACCUUCAUGUGUUUUGUAUUAUUGGAUCUUAUACUGAAAGAGUUCAUCCAUCGACACAUUUUAAUCCUGCAACAUUUCACCGUGUUAGUUUGUCAUAAAUUGGACUAUUUUAGGUUAAAUGAUUUCAGUUCAUCUUUCCAAUAAAGCUGGCAGCCCUGAAACAACUGUUCUCUCUGAGGGUGUUUUGCAUGUAAAUAAAAGUGAAAUCAUUAAAUGUAAGUUCUGUGAACAGAGCCGUCCAGUGGAGCUCCUCAGGGCUCUGUGCUUUCACCACUUUGUUUUCUAUGCUAAUGAGUGUCAGAGCACGUCAGCAUUAGUCCUUUAACAUGGUCACAGCCACUGAUGAAUCUGUUCAAAUGUGG